AUGACUCAACCUGUCUGCUCUUCGCAAGAUCAAUCUUCUCCUCGUUCUUUGAUCCCGCCGCGCAAAUCCGUGGCGAAUUUCCACCGCCGCAGGGGGAGGAGCGUAUUUAAUUUGCUGGUCCAGAGAGAAAUGUCACCGAAAGCAAAGUUCGUGCCAAGGAAACGGUGGGGUAAAAGUAGAUGGUAUACUGAUCCCUCAUGCAAAUCCGACAUCGAACCUAUGAAAGACGCUGGACAGAGUCUUGUUUCAUGGGUUGAGGCAGAGUCAUUGAAUUAUUUAUCUUCUAAGUAUUGCGCUCUUGGACCUCCUCCAAGGUCAACUAUUGCAGCGGCUUUUAGUUCUGAUGGAAAAACUAUUGCUUCUACACAUGGUGACCAUACUGUAAAGAUUAUUGAUUGUGAAACUGGAAACUGCUUAAAGGUUUUGAGUGGCCAUCGGAGAACGCCGUGGGUGGUCAGAUUCCACCCACAACAUUCAGAUAUAGUUGCUAGUGGAAGUUUAGAUCAGGAUGUUCGCUUAUGGAAUACUACGACUUCACAGUGUAUCACAUCUUAUGAAUUCUAUCGGCCUAUUGCUUCCAUCGCUUUCCACGCUGAGGGAGAACUACUUGCUGUUGCUUCUGGCCAUAAGCUGCACAUGUGGCAUUACAAUAGGAGAGGAGGGGAAUCACCACCAGUCGUUGUAUUGAAGACGAGGCGCUCUCUGAGAGCUGUACACUUUCACCCUCACGGAGCUCCAUUUCUCUUGACUGCAGAGGUGAAUGAGAUGGAUACAUUAGAUUCCUCAAUGUCUAGAGCAACCUCUAUGGGUUACUUGAGGUAUCCUCCCCCUUCUAUCUUCUUUACAAGCCCGGAAAGCAACCGAGCUACACCUUCUGCAGAGGAUCCAAGAAUUGGUCAAGUCUCUAAUACGAGACCGCAAUCACGGCUUCAGAACAUUCUUAGGUCUGCAGUAAACGCCAACAGAACAUUGUUUCCUCCUUCUGGUCCCAAUAGUGUUCGUCCAAGAAACUCUCCCAGCAACACAUUUGUUACUCGAACUGGAGACACAACUUCUCCUGCAGCUGAUGCCAUGAAUGUAGAUUUACCUGAGCUCCGACAGACCCAGCAGUUGUUCCAGUUAAGCGACCGAGUUUCCUGGGAGUUACCAUUUCUACAAGGAUGGUUGAUGGCUCAAGCGCAAGGUCAUGGAGUGGUGGCUCCUCCUCCUCCUAGUGGCGUCUCAGCUCCUAAUGCAGGCGCUUCGACAUCUCGUUUAGAGACAACCAGUCUUGAGGCUGCAGUAGCGUCAUUAGAAAUCCCGGGAGCUGUGGUUCCUGGAAGAGGUGACCCGCAGUAG